GACAAAAAAAGUGUAGUGGGUGCACCCACGAAACUUCAAUUGUUGGAUCCGCCUCUACGUCUCUCUCCUCCUACCACCUUCUGUCAAUGCCGAUCCAACUACAACACCGUGUUAUAAACGCCAUUCAGUUGGAUUUCUUUAGCUCUUCCAUUUAGUAAACCGUACAUUGCAAUUUUGAAUCAUUAAUUGAGCUUUGUACGAGUAAGUAGGAAAUUGAUUUAUUUGUGUCAUGGCAGGUCCUAAAACACCCCCAUACUAUAGCCCGACCUACAAGCGCAAUGGACCUAACUUCGCUUCUUCGCCUCACACGAUAAGAAUCAAUCUUUAUACAUUGGCUAUAGCCAUUACGGUCCUCUGCUCCGUUGCGUAUCUAUUCGGUAGAGGCUCCAUUUCCACCUCCCCUGUUUCUAAUGUCCCGGCUACCAUCCCUUGCAUCCCCUUGAAAAUCACUUCCACAACCGCCGUUUCCAAUAAUUCUUUGGCUUCGACAUCCACACAAGUGGAUUUCAGUGCCAGCCAAGGUGACGAUGAAGGUGAAGGCACAGGCCCUGAUGAUGGCGCCAAAGUUUACCCGCCUUGUGACAUUAAGUAUAGCGAGUAUACUCCCUGUGAAGACCCUCAAAGAUCGUUGAAAUUCAAGAGGGAUAGAUUGAUUUAUAGGGAGAGGCAUUGCCCUGACAAGAGCCAAUUGUUGAAAUGUCGUAUCCCUGCGCCUCACGGUUACAAGAAACCGUUCAAGUGGCCCAAGAGUAGGGAUUUGGCAUGGUAUGCCAAUGUGCCACACAAGGAAUUGACGGUUGAGAAGGCCGUCCAGAAUUGGAUCCGAAAAGAAGGAGACAAGUUUAGGUUCCCUGGUGGAGGGACUAUGUUCCCUAAUGGUGCCGAUGCCUAUGUUGACGACAUUGACAAGUUGAUCAAUCUCAAAGAUGGUUCCAUUAGGACCGCCAUUGACACAGGCUGUGGGGUGGCAAGUUGGGGAGCUUAUCUUUUGUCGCGAGAUAUCCUAGCAAUGUCAUUUGCGCCAAGGGAUACACACGAAGCGCAAGUUCAAUUUGCUCUUGAGCGAGGCGUUCCUGCUCUGAUUGGAGUGCUCGCGUCCAAGAGGCUUCCCUAUCCAUCCAGAGCUUUUGACAUGGCCCAUUGCUCUCGUUGCCUUAUUCCGUGGGACCAGGAAGGUGGCGCAUACUUAAUGGAAGUCGAUAGAGUCUUGAGACCUGGUGGAUAUUGGAUACUCUCUGGCCCACCAAUCCGGUGGAGGAAAUAUUUCAAAGGCUGGGAAAGAACCAGGGAGGACCUUAAUGGUGAGCAAACCAGAAUUGAGGAGGUAGCUAAGAAACUCUGCUGGAAAAAGUUUGUUGAGAAGGAUGACAUUGCAAUAUGGCAAAAACCAUACAAUCAUUUUCAGUGCAAAGAACAAAAGAAGAAGUUAAUGUGUCCUGCCCAAGAUCCUGAUAGAGCCUGGUACACGGAGCUUGAAACGUGCGUAACUCCCUUGCCAGAAGUAUCAAGUGAAGAAGAUGUGGCUGGCGGACAAUUGGAAAAAUGGCCUAAAAGAUUACACGCGAUACCACCUCGGAUCAGCAGUGGAGCUGUCAAUGGCGUCACAGCUGAAUCUUUCAAGAAGGAUUCACAGCUAUGGCAGAAAAGAGUUUCUUAUUACAAGAGCGUGGACAACAAACUCAACCAACCAGGGAGAUACAGAAAUCUCUUAGACAUGAAUGCUUACCUAGGCGGUUUUGCUGCUAGUUGGGUUGAUGACCCUGUUUGGGUGAUGAAUAUUGUUCCUGCUGAAGCUGAGGUGAACACGCUUGGUGUCAUUUAUGAAAGAGGAUUGGUUGGAACGUAUCAAAGCUGGUGUGAAGCCAUGUCAACUUACCCAAGAACAUAUGAUCUUCUUCAUGCUGAUUCAGUAUUUACUAUGUACAAAGACAAAUGUGAAAUGGAGGACAUAUUACUAGAAAUGGAUAGGAUAUUAAGGCCAGAAGGAAGUGUAAUCAUCCGAGAGGAUGUAGAUAUAUUGGUGGAAGUAAAGAAGAUAGCAGAUGGGCUGAAUUGGGAAACUCUAAUUGUGGAUCAUGAAGAUGGGCCUAUGGAAAGAGAGAAACUUCUGUUUGCAGUCAAGUCUUAUUGGACUGCUCCAGCAACUCAAGAUUCCAAAAACAACACCUCCGCAAGCCCAAGGAUCUAAUUAAUUUCUUGUAUAAAUUAAAUUGCCCCUAAUGUUUGUUCAUCUUCUUUUCUUCUAUUUUUUACUUUUUUUUGGGGGGAGUUUAAGUGCAAAUUGUCAAAAUUUUGAAGUAGGCAUUAUACUCCCUGGACUAAAUUUUGUAUAGCUUAGUCUGCCAAAGCUUUUGAAAAGUUUGUAAAACAAUUCUGUUUGUCUUGAUAUGAUUAAUAGAUUUUGUUUAGCUUGAAAAGUA